CAUAAAAAAUUGUUGAACAGUCAGUUACUAUUUGGCUGUUCCUUAACGAGGUUUUGAACUACAAGUUGUUGUUUUGUAUUUGAUUGAUCCACAAUAAUUGAACUGAUAGUUUAAUUUAUUUUUUUUUUUUAAUUUUUAAUUUUGUAUUAAAAAGUUCUUUAACAAAAUUAAAAAUACAUUUGUUACAAACGAAUAAAAAAAAAUGGAUGCAAUAUUCAUUAUUGGUCUACUAACAACGAUAAUUUUAAUUAUUAUACAAUCAAUUAUUAAAUCACUAAAACGUCCGGAUAACUACCCACCUGGCCCAGCUUUUCAACCAUGGGUUGGAAAUACAGUACAGCUAAGACGUGAAGCUCCUAAAGUUGGUGGUCAACAUUUUUUAUUCAAAAAAUGGGCCAAAGAGUACAAGUCUAAUGUAAUUGGUCUAAAAUUAGGAGGAGACUAUGUAAUUGUUGUAUCCUCCUACCCUUUAGUAAAACAAGUUCAUCUUAGCGAGGUAUUCGAGGGUAGACCAGAUAAUUUCUUCCUACGUUUACGAACAAUGGGAACCCGAAAGGGUAUCACUUCUACCGAUGGACCCCUAUGGAAUGAGCAUCGUAAUUUUGCAAUGAAACAAAUGAAAAACAUUGGAUAUGGUCGAACUCCAAUGGAAGCUCAUAUAAUUGAAGAGGCCGAUGAUCUGAUCCAGUAUAUUGAUCAGUUAAAUGAAAAUCCAGUUUGGCCAGGAUCGUUUUUGGCAACAAGUGUAAUUAAUGUCUUAUGGUUUUUAACGACAGCUCAACAUUUGAAAAGAACAGAUGAGCGUCUUAAAACACUGUUAUCAUUAAUGAGCAGGAGAUCGAAAUUGUUUGAUAUGUGCGGAGGUGUUCUGACACAAUUUCCUUGGCUACGACACAUUGCUCCUGAUAGAACAGGAUAUAAUUUGAUACUUGAACUCAAUAAAGAGUUGAGUAAGUUCAUAAUGGAUAGCAUUGAUGAGCAUAAAGCUAAUUUUGAAAAAUCGAAAGGCAAAGAAGAUACCGAUUUGAUAUAUGCUUACCUCAAAGAAAUGAGCUCAGAAAAUACCGAAGAAAAUGGUACUUUUGAUGAAAGUCAGCUUACAAUGAUAAUAUUAGAUUUCUUUAUUGCUGGGUCACAAACAACAAGCAAUACCCUUGAUCUUGCUCUCAUGAUCUUGGCCAUUAGAGCUGACAUCCAGGAGAAAGUAUUUAAAGAAAUCCAAGAGAAUCUUGAUGAAAAGGAGUUCCCACUUCUGACAUUGAAGAAACGACUUCCCUAUGUUAAUGCCUUAAUAAUGGAAGUUCAAAGAUAUUUCCACAUUGUACCAAUAUCAGGACCUCGAAGAGCUUUAUGGGAUACAGAAAUAGGUGGUUAUAAAAUUCCUAAAAACACUACAGUUUUAAUUAGUGCUCAUAGUGUUUUAAUGGAUGAAUCACAUUGGAAGGAUCCACAAACAUUUCGACCGGAAAGAUUUUUGGACUAUGAUGAAGGUGUAAUUAAUGAUGAGUAUUUUAUACCAUUCGGACAGGGAAGACGUCGUUGUCCGGGUGAUCUUUUGGCUAGAUCAUGUUUAUUUUCGUUUUUGUGUAAGAUUUUACAAAAUUAUAAGAUUGAAAGUCAUUCAGGAAGUAAUAUUUGUACCACUCUUCAGCCGGGGAUGGUGCUUACACCGAAACCGUAUACAAUUAUUUUCCGUAGAAGAAGUUAAUUUCAUUUUUAUAGCAAAAAAAAAGUAUUUUGGAAUUUUGCAUUUAGUAAAACAUAUUUAUUUUUUGUUUUGUAAAAAAAAAAAUAUACAUAGGUAUACCUAAUUUUUUGAACGGUAAAGGCCUUAAUUUUAUUUAAGUUACAUAGAUUAAACAUAAUAUUUAAAAUUAAAAAUUAUAUAUGUAUUGUUAAAUUAAAAAAUAAAUAAAGCACACUUUAGAA